AAGAUCUUCAAUUCCAACCGUUGAUAUCUUUUUUUUUUUUUUUUUUUUAUUAAUAUUAAAAUUAAAAUUAAUUUAAAAGAUUAAAUAAUUAUAAUUAUUUAUUUUUUGUUUUUUUUUGUUUAAAUAAAAUAUUUUUUAAAAUUUUUUUUUCUCUAAUCUCUAUUAUAUACAACAUAUUAUAUAUAAUAUAUAUUUUAUUAUUUUUAAAAGAAAUAUAUUAUUACAGAAUUAAUUUAAUAUUUAAAAUCAAAAAAUAUAGGAAAAAAAUAAAAAGAAAUAUAUAUUUAGAGAAAUUCAAUAUAGAUAUUUUGUAACAAUAAAAUAACAAAAUCAAAUACACGGAUAAAUUAAUUAAUAAAUAAAUACAUUCAUAUAUACACACAUACAUUCACAUAAAUUAAAAUGGAGGAUCGUUUAGAAGAAUUAAGACAAUUAGGUGGUGUUAAACCAGUUGUCGAUAAGAAAGGUAAAAAAGGAAAAAAAGGUAAAGAGGAAGUUGCAGAGCAAGUAGCUGAAGCAUCAUCAACAGAAGAUCCAUCAUUAAACGAUAUCGAAAUGGGAACUGAUGAUGGCCAACCAGUUGAAGAGUUUAUGCCAGAAUUUUAUAAAGAAGUAGGUGAUAUCAAAGUUUUAAUGACAUCUGUUAAAAGAAGUGUAAGAAAUAUAGAAGACAAAUAUGUUUUAUCAUUAAAUUCAAUUAAUGUGGACCAAGGUUCAAAAUACGAAGAAGAUUUACAAUCAAUGCUUGAUCAAACAAAUAAAUCAUUUGCAGAUUUAAAAAAGAAAUUAGAUACAUUGAAAAUAAAUAAUGAAAAAUUUGCAGCUACCAAAACAGCUCAACCAACAGAAGUUCGUAUUAGAUCUAAUAUGCAAAAUACAUUAACACAAAAGUUUGUUGAAAUGAUGAAAGAAUAUCAAGAAAUUCAAACUAAUUAUAAAAAUAAAUAUAAAGAAAAGAUUGAAAGACAAUAUAAAAUUGUUAAACCAGAUGCAACUCAAGAAGAAAUUCAAGAAGCAAUGGCAUCAGGUGACAGCAAAAAGAUUUUUGAAGAAACUAUUCUUUAUACACAUUUACAUACACAAGCCAAAAAUGCACUCGAUUAUAUCCAAGAUAGACAUAAUGAUAUUGUUAAAUUAGAACAAAGUAUUGCAGAGUUACAUCAAUUGUUUUUGGAUAUGGCAGUUUUAGUUGAAACUCAAGGUGAGUUACUUAAUCAAAUUGAAGCCAACGUAAAUUCAACUGUACUUAAUACUAAAGAGGGUGUUGAAAAUCUUGCUGAAGCCAAUAGACUUCACAAAAAGUCAAGAAAGAAGAUGUAUAUUAUUCUUAUUAUUGUUGUUAUCAUUGUCAUAGCUGUUGUUGCUCCAAUUCUUGGUACCCAAAUCAAAUAAACAACUAAAAUUAUAUUUUAUCAAAUUUAUUUUUAUCAAAGCUUUUUUUUUUUUUUCAAAAAAAAAAAAAAAAAAACAUCAACAAAAUAAACAAUCACAAUUAUAUAACGAUCUUAUAUAAAUUUAUUUAACUUUACAAAUACACAAUAAAAACCUAUACAUUACCGAUUUUUAAAUAAAUACUAUGCAAUUAUUUUUUUUAUUUUUUAU